AUGGCCUCACCCCAUGCAAAGCCAGACCUGUUGGAGCUCGGCAACCGGCUGCUGGCUGAUGGCCCGCACAAGACAAUGGCGGCAUCACGACGGGUCCGGAUCCUGUUCAACGGCAUCUACGUCGCCGACACCACGGAUGCCCUCUUUGUCUGGGAGCAUCCAUACUACCCCUUUUACUACGUACCACUGGCUUCGUUUGCCCGCAGCGUUCUUCAUGACUCCCACGACGACGGCCCGUUGAGCCUCAUGGGACUGCACGUGCGCGGCCGCACUACGGACCGGGUCCUGGGCUUCAGCGCGAAUCUGGCGGCGCACGGCGGCAAGGGCAGCAGUAGUGUGAGCCCGGCGGCCCGGCCGCUGGCGGGCUAUGUGCGCGUCGAGUUUGGCGCCGCCGACGCCUGGUUCGAGGAGGACACGCGCAUCUACGUGCACCCUAAAGACCCAUUCAAGCGCAUCGAGAUCCUGUACUCGACGCGGCCCGUGGCCGUGUCCGUGGGCGGCGUCAAGGUGGCCGAGGCGGCGUCGUCCUGGCACCUCCACGAGACGGGCCUGCCCGUGCGCUACUACCUGCCGCCCACGGCCGUCCUGGACCCGGCGACCCUCCGGGACAGCAAGACGGAGACGCAGUGUCCGUACAAGGGCGUCGCUUCGUACUACGACAUUGUCCUCGGGGCUGCAAAGGCUGGAGAUGGUGAGGACAAGACGUUCAAGGACCUUGUGUGGUACUAUCGCAACCCGACGCACGAGAGUGCGCUUAUUGCUGGAUACAUUUGUUUUUACAACGAAAAGGUCGAUAUUGAGCUUGAUGGUGUCAAGCUGGAGAGACCAAAGACAGUGUUCUCCUGA